UUCCCGUAGAACAUCAAUGGCCUAGUUACAAUCAGUUGGUUGCCUGGCCAAUAAAAGCAAGAAGAAGAAGAAGAUGCCUAAAGAUUGCAUAAACGCGUUAUACAUGUGCUGUAUCAAUCAACGUUAAUCAUGAAGAACAAUGCGAAGAAAAUGAAAGAUAAAAAUCGGACUGACGAAAGUAACAUUGGAAAUAAGGACCGGAAAAAAACGUUUGACAAAAAAAAGUACAGAUUACAGAAGUAUAGCAACAAGUACAAAAUUAAUCGAUGGGAGGAGAAGAGGAAGGAGUUUGUGUUACGCGAAUAUUAUAAAGAGUUGAAGAAGGAUCAGCAGAAUUCCAUAGGAACGUCGUCAAAUUUAAGUAACACAUCCAAAAAUGAGACUAAUAAAUCGAGGAAGGGCUAUGCUUUUUUCAAAGCUAAGCAGCAGUAUCGGCAGAAACAGGAAGAAAAGAAGAACAUGUUAGGAAACACUAUUCGUAUAAGGAUAGAACGAGAAGAAGCCUUGAAAAAAUAUAAGGAGAAGAAAUUACAAAACUUCAAAGUAUUAUCAAAGAAGACAAAGAGAGGACAGCCUGUCAUGAAGGGCAGAAUAGAAAUGGUUCUGGAAAAAAUACAGCAAAUGACUUAACGUACAAUCGUCUCUUUAUCUUUGGUUUGACUAAUUCAAGAUACGGUCAAAGUCUCGCUAUAAAUUCUUUGAAGUUUCUCAUUGACCAAUCAAAAGAAAGCAUUUUAAUUUGAU